CCUAAAUGCUCUUGUGUAUUAUGUGAGAAAACAAAUCUCCUUGUCGAGAUCAUUUCGCGGGCAUCGUUGAUUUUGAAUUACUUUUCGACCAACUCCCUUUCCUGCGUGGGUCUGAAAUAAAUCGAUGAAUCGUAGAGUUCAUCGAUUGUUUAGUUUGGAACUGUUUGGUAAACUUUUUCGGCGCUCGAUCUGACGAUGGAGGUUUUAGGUGAAAUUAGUAACUUUUGUCGCUUUUGCCUGAGCCAGGACUGCGGAUCCUUAAUGCCACUAUCCAGCGCCAUCGAAAGCCUCUCCUUCUCGGUGCAAGAUAUACAGGAAACGACCGGUAUUUCGAUUCUGGAAUGCGAAACCGCAUGCCUUACAGUCUGCUCAAAAUGCAGCAACCGCAUUGAACUCGCGGUGGAUUUUCGUCGGUCCUGCAUAAAGGAAAACAUUAAAUUUUUGCAACUUUUCGGUCAUAUCAUCGACAAGCUUCGCUCAUCCGACGACCCGUUGGAGAUCGAAAUAGCUACACCAAACGAACCUACCAAUGAAAACACCUAUGAAACACUCGAUGAUCCGGUAUUACCUUUGGAAGAAUCUAUGGAACCGUUUGAUAAACGAACAACUAACGGACAGGAAAAUUGUGAUGAUGAAAACCGUAGUUCCGAGGAUCUUCCAUGUUUAUCCACCGAUACGAUGAAAUCUAAAAGGAAAGCCACGAAUAUAAAAGUAGCUGCAAGGAGCUCGAAUCGCAGAAAGGCGAAAUCGAAAGAACAGUUUGGGAACAGCGAAGAAGACAUACCAAACAAAUCAGGAAAACGCCAAAAACGAUUAUGCGGUAUUUGCGGUGCCCAAGUUUAUAAUAUAACCGACCACACACGAUCGCAUACCAAGGAAAACAUGCUGCAAUGCCCGCACUGCCCCGUGCAGAUGGCUAAUGCCACUAAUCUGGCGAGGCAUGUGCAUUCGGUACACGAAAAAACAGUAAUCAAAUCUUGUGAACAUUGUGGCAAGGGGUUCAUCACAUUGGACUCUUACAAAUCGCAUUUGCGAACGUACCACAAUAUUGGCAAACAGUAUCAGUGUGAAAUCUGUCUCAAAAUCUUUAAACAUCCUUCGAGCCGUAUUGAUCAUAAAAGGAGAAUACAUUUGGCUGAAAGGAAGCAUGAAUGCCAGAUUUGCCAGAAAAAGUUCAAAGAUCCGUACACUCUAAAGCUACAUGGAAGGGUGCACUCUGCCAACACUCCCUACGCCUGUAGCCAAUGUCCAAAGCAAUUCAAGUCUGCUUUCGCGCAAAAAACGCAUGAAAUAACACACAGUGGCAUCGAUUUCCCGUGUACAAUCUGCCCCAAGGUGUACCGGUACAAAAGCCAACUCAGCAUACAUUACCGGAAAUGCCAUCCAGUGGAGGAUGACGAAUAAGCCUGGCACAGAGCCCAAAAAUGGUGACCACGAAUAUUGUGACGAAUGAUAAAAUUACCUCAAUACACAAGAUCAAGGUCGCAGAGACUCAAUGUCCACGUUCCACAUCGAUCAAAAUCGAUAGGGCAGUGAAGCUGCUAAACUCUUCUGGAUAUCCAAUAUAUAAAAAUCAUCUUAAA